AUGUCAAAUAAUACACAGCCUAUAAAAUAUCCUUGGUGGUACGGUGGUGCCGCUGGUUGUUUCGCUACAGUUGUUACACAUCCAUUAGAUCUGGCGAAAGUCAGAUUACAAGCUGCUCCUUUACCAAAACCAACUAUUGGUGGUAUGAUAACAGGCAUAUUAAAACACGAAGGUGUAGUCGGAUUGUAUUCUGGUUUAAGCGCUGCCCUUUUAAGACAAUGUACUUAUACAACAGCUAGAUUUGGUGCAUAUGAUUUAAUCAAACAAAAAUUGAUUCCAAAUAAUCAAUUAACUAAUAUGGUAUACUUACUACCAAGUUCAAUGAUCAGUGGUGCAAUUGGUGGAUUUGUUGGAAAUUUUGCAGACGUUGUAAAUAUUAGAAUGCAAAAUGAUUCUGCUUUAGAGGUAACACAACGUAGAAAUUAUAAAAAUGCAUUAGAUGGUGUUUAUAAAAUUUAUAGAUUUGAAGGUGGAAUUAAGACACUUUUAACUGGUUGGAAACCAAAUAUGGUUAGAGGGGUAUUAAUGACUGCAAGUCAAGUUGUCACUUAUGAUGUAUUCAAAAAUUAUUUAGUGACACAAUUGAAUAUGGAUCCAUCAAAAAACACAACACAUUUUUCUGCAUCUCUAUUAGCUGGGUUAGUCGCCACUACAAUUUGUUCUCCUGCUGAUGUUAUUAAGACAAGAAUCAUGAACGCUAAGGAUGAACAUAGAUCCGCAAUGCAAAUUUUAAGGACUGCUGUGAAAAAUGAAGGUCCUUCCUUUAUGUUCAGAGGUUGGUUACCAAGUUUUACAAGAUUAGGUCCUUUCACUAUGUUAAUCUUUUUCGCAAUUGAACAAUUGAAAAAACAUAAAGUUGGGAUGCCAAAGGAAAUAAAAGAAAAUUCAUUAAAUUAA